AUGACCGUAGACAAGACAUUUCAUCUUUCUCUGCUCCCAUUUUCCAUGGGACUCCGUCGUGAGGCUCGAGGGCAGGCACGCAGGCGCCGGGGCUUGGUUCGGUUACAGUUGUUCCCGGGCUGCGCGGGUGAGAGCGGAACCGGUCUAGAAAUGGGGCCGUUAACCCGCGCCCUGCUUUUCUGGGCAGUGCUCAGCGCCGCCCGCGCCGUCGUGUAUUUCCGGGAGCAGUUUAUGGAUGGAGUUAAAUGGCAAGACAGAUGGAUGAAUUCUCAAUAUAAAUCAGAUUAUGGGAAAUUUAGAUUAACAGCUGGGAAGUUUUAUGGAGAUACAGUCAGAGAUAAAGGUCUGCAAACUAGUGAAAAUUCUAAAUUUUAUGCCAUUUCAUCACGAUUUAAACCAUUUAGCAAUAAAGGAAGAUCUCUGGUCAUUCAGUACACAGUAAAACAUGAGCAGAAGAUAGAUUGUGGUGGUGGAUAUAUUAAGAUCUUUUCCUCAAACUUGGAUCAGAAAAAUAUGAGUGGAGAUUCACAGUAUUACAUUAUGUUUGGACCAGAUAUUUGUGGAUCUGAAACAAAGAAAGUCCAUGUUAUUUUAAAUUACAAGAGUAAACCACAUCCAAUGAAGAAACGAAUCAGAUGCAAGGUUGAUGGAUUCACUCAUUUAUAUACACUAAUUUUAAGACCAGAUCAGACUUAUGAAGUAAAAAUUGAUAAUGAAAUCAUUGAAUCGGGCAACUUAGAAGAUGAUUGGAAUUUCUUGCCACCAAGGAAAAUAAAUGAUCCUACAGCAAAGAAACCCAAGGAUUGGGAUGAUAUACCCCAAAUUGAUGAUCCAAAUGAUGUCAAGCCUGAGGAUUGGGAUGAACCUGAAUACAUUCUGGAUACUAGUGCUGAAAAACCUGAAGAUUGGGAUAAUGCAACAAAUGGAGAAUGGCAACCUCCUAUGAUCAAGAAUCCACUAUACAGAGGUGAAUGGAAACCAAGGAAGAUUGAUAACCCAAAUUAUAAAGGAAUUUGGCCCUGUCCACAGAUUGAAAAUCCAAACUACUCACCAGACUUCAAUAUCUAUAGCUAUGAGAACAUUAGCAUAAUUGGACUCGAUCUUUGGCAGGUGAGAGCUGGAACAAUUUUUGAUAACUUCUUGAUCACAGAUGAUGAACAAUAUGCAGAAGACUUUGGAGAUGACACCUGGGGUGAAACAAAGGACCCUGAAGAGAAUAUGAACAUAAAACAGACUGAAGAAGAAAAGAAAAGGGAAAGGGCAAAAGAAGAAAAGCAUUUUAGGGAAAGGUUUAACAGGAAGGUCGAAAAGCAAAAAGAAUCUGGAAAGGCUAAAUUGAACAGGAUAACUGUGAAGGAGGAGCUUUAAUUCUUAUUUAAAAAGACUUCAAAGAAAUCUCUAAAGUUUAGCUUUUCUCUAAUUUGUUGUAUAGCGGUUCAGAUAUAUUCUUAAUAGCUAAUUGAAAGUAAUAUUUAAAACUUCCUCUAAUAAAACUUUGCUAGAACUAUUC